AUUAUUGUUGUUAUUUUUUCUGUUAAUAUCCAAAAUGGCUAAAUCAAUUAAGCCAUUCGACCAUCAUAUUCGAAUUCAUCGUUUUUUCAUUCCAAUAUCUCUGUUAUUAACUUGUUGUUCAACAGCAUGGGCACUCAGAUUAUACAUACCAAGUGAACAUAAUUAUGCCGGAUCUUUACUUUUCAAUGUAUCAUUAGAUCAACCUCGUCUAUAUCGGCUAUCGUCAUCAGAUUUAAACGCUCCAUAUGUACAUCGAUUUUUUGAUAUAACAAAUAUCGAAGGAAUUCUUUAUAUUAAGCAACAACUUCGUUGUCGCUCUGAAUCAUUAUCCGAAGUGCUACCCACACCUGUAAAUCUUUACAUUGAAUCCAAAACAUUCCUUAUCGAUGGUUCAGAUCAAAAUCAUCUUACUUUGAUACCGAUUCAUAUUGAAUUCGAACAUGAAACCUGUACAGGAAUUGAUCAUCAUCAAUCAAAUUUUGCUAAUUUAUUAUAUUUUUCUGAUGAAUUACAUUAUCAUCGUGACUAUUUAAAUCCAGAAUUUUUAUUUCAUAAUGAACCAAAUCCACAAUUUUACAGUUCGUUAGCUGAAUCAAUUAGUGAAACGAACGUUUUAUUGACCAUCCAAGAUGAUGGCCUAUGCGUUGAUCGAUAUCAAUUCUUAACUCGUUUGCCAAAAUUUGUAUCAUCUAACGUGAAAUCUUUUUGUACAACAUAUUAUCAUGUGUUAGGCGCAACUACCGUCGACACGAUGCAUUAUGAUUCAAAUCUUGAAUUUCGAAUCGAACAUUCCAACCAAGAUCUUAUUUCGACAAAAAGGUAUUGCUUACCAAAUGGACGAUCAUUCGAUGUACAAAUCGGUUUGGUCCAUUUAUGUGAUAAUAGCCAUCAUCAUUUUCAUCAAAAUAAUCAUCAUUCAUCAAGCCAUAAUCAUACAUGGCCUAAAUAUUCAUUCAAUGAAAAUGUUUCAACAUCAGUAACUCCGUCCAAAUCUCAUACUUACGUCAAACCGAUGAGCAGCAUCGAACGUUUGACACUGACAUUUUAUUCAAAAGAUUUCGACACAGAAGAAUUUAUGAGCAAAUUAACCGAACGUCGAAAACAGUUUCAUCAUAGUAAUCAUCAAUCUGGUCGAUCUAGACGAGAAACUGUCUCGUCAAGUAAUUCUGGUCCAUCAUUUGAUAGAUCAUUGUACAUAGUGAGCGUACCCGAAGAAAGAGAAAAAUCGUUUGUUGUUACCCAACUGGUUGCUACACCAGGACGACCUGCCGAAUCCGAAUCAUCUGAGCUAUUAUAUUCAAUGUCUGCACUGAUUGAUGCGCGAUCGCAAUCAAUGUUUGCAAUCGAUCCUGUCAGUGGAUUGGUUACGACAACCACACGUUUAGACCGUGAAUUUAUGGAUGUUCAUUAUCUUCGAAUCACCGUGACUGAUGGUAACGUUCCACCCCGAACAACAUCAACGACACUUCAAAUUAAUGUUCUUGAUGAAAAUGAUCAUGUUCCGGUAUUCGAGCAUGCCAACUAUGAAGCAUCACUCCGAGAAUCGGCUCCACUAGGUACAACAGUUUUGACCAUACGUGCUACCGAUCAUGAUAGUGGUCCAAAUGCCGAAUUAGAGUAUUCUAUUCUCAAUCCGACCGGUGUUAAUGAAGCUUUUCGUAUAGAUCCUAAACAAGGUGUUAUCACAACACGUGCCGGUUUAGAUCGAGAAAAGAAUGAUCUUUACACCUUGACUGUACAAGCUUCAGAUUCUGGAGCAGUUCAAUCGCGAAAACGUUCUCAUACUACAGUUGGUAUUAAGAUUCUUGAUGAAAAUGAUAAUUAUCCUCAGUUCGCCGAACGUUCGUAUUCAGUGUCCGUUGAUGAAGACGUUAAUUAUGCAUCUAGGCCGGUCAUAAUCCGUAUAUUGGCUCAUGAUGCUGAUGAAGGUUUAAAUGCCGCCGUUAGAUAUUCAAUCAUUGGUGGCAACACAGCAGCAUUAUUUCAUAUUGAUUCGCUUAAUGGUGAAGUUGCUGUUGUUGGUCCAUUAGACUAUGAAACUGCUCGAAGCUACCGAUUAGUGAUACGAGCUCAGGAUGGUGGCAGUCCACCACGUUCCAAUACCACGCAAUUAUUAGUUUCUGUCAUCGAUAAAAAUGACAAUGAACCUCGAUUCUAUACAACAUUGUUUCAAGAAAAUGUGAUGGAAAAUGUACCGAUCGGUACCAGCGUUGUACGCGUUCAAGCUUAUGAUGCUGAUGAUGGUGAUAAUUCUCAACUUAGUUAUCACAUACAACGAUCAUCAAAUGAAGAAAGCAGUGAUCGAACUGCUGCAUCGAUGCCGAUCGAUAUUGAUUUGUCGAGUGGUUGGAUAAUAACCACAAGGGAAUUGGAUCGUGAAGAAGAAUCGCUUUAUGAAUUUACUGUCAUCGCACGAGACAAUGGCUAUCCAAUUCAGCAUUCAGCUUCAGCAUCGGUCAUCAUACAAGUGCAAGAUAUGAAUGAUAAUGCACCUGUCUUUGAACCGAGGAAUUAUGAAACAGUGAUUUCAGAAACUGCUGCUCCUGGAACGCCAGUUGUUAUCGUAACCGCCACAGAUCGUGAUGAGAAUUCACGUUUAGUUUUUCAAAUAACUGGUGGUAAUUUGCGUAACCGUUUUGCAAUCGUUUCGCAGAACAAUCAAGGUCAUUUGACGUUGGCUAACCCUUUAGAUUAUAAACAGGAAAGAAACUAUGUGCUGACAAUAUCGGCAACCGAUCCAGGUGGAAAAAUGGAUUUGGCUACAGUUUAUAUAAAUGUAACCGAUGCCAAUACACAUCGUCCUGUGAUUCAAGUUCUCAAAAAUAAUGGCAGUCCUUUUUCGCCAACAUUGACAACGAUUGCUGAAGAUGCACCUAUUGGUACUACUGUUUUAGUCGUCGAAGCAAUCGAUGAUGAUGUUGGUGAAAAUGCACGAAUAACCUAUUCGCUCAAUGAAGUGCCCGAAUUUCGAAUUGAUUCAAACUCUGGUGCCAUCACAACGGUCAAAACAUUAGAUCGUGAAACGACCGCCGGAUACACACUAAUUGUAACAGCACAAGAUAAUGGCAUACCACCGUUGUCCGAUAUAGCUAAUAUUGAAAUCGAAGUAAUUGAUGUAAAUGACAAUGUGCCUCUAUUCGAACAACAACAUUAUUCAGCAACUGUGAUGGAAGAUGCGCCUAUCGGUACAUCCGUCUGUCAGGUUCGAGCUUCUGAUCGUGAUCUAGGUCUUAAUGGUCAAGUUCGUUAUGAAUUCGAAAUGAUUGACAAUGAUGUUUUACAACAUCAACAUCAACAACAAUCUCUCGAUAUAGAAUUAUCAUCGCUCGGGGUAUUCAGUAUUGAUGCUACGUCCGGUGUUAUACGGACAAAUCGUACAUUGGAUCGUGAAACGAUCGCUAAAUAUGAUUUAAAAGUUAUUGCCUUUGACCGUGGUUCCCCAUCAUUAUCAUCAUCAGUCAUCGUACACAUAACCAUUGAAGAUUGUAAUGACAAUCCACCACGCUUUUCAAGUGAUCGAUUGCGAUUUUAUGUGCCUGAAAAUUCACCCAUUGGAUCGGUUGUUGGUCAAUUAAGAGCUACCGAUGCGGAUGAAGGUGCCAAUGCUCGAAUCGAAUAUACUAUUGUUGGAGGAUCGGAUAUGAAAUGGUUUGCAUUGAAAUCUUCAUCAUCAUCGUCAUCAUCUCAACAACAAUCAUCAAUCACAUCUUCAUCUUCAUCUUCAUCUUCAGUAUCCGGCGAUUCAUCCAGCGAUUUGGUUGCUACCUUAAUCACUCGAACCGAAUUGGAUUUUGAAUCCGAGAAAAAAGUCUACAAUAUAAUUGUACGUGCGUCAUCAUUACCAUUACGGAAUGAUGUCGAUGUCGAAAUUCAUGUGACUGAUGUCAACGACCAUGCACCAUUAUUACGUGAUUUUGCCAUCAUAUUCAACAACUAUCGUGGACAUUUUCCAUUGGGGCAAGUGAUUGGACGUGUACCAGCCUAUGAUGCCGAUAUUGGUGAUAAUCUCCGUCAUCGAUUUGUUGCCGGAAACAAAGCUAAUCUUCUGUUGCUGAAUGAAACAAGUGGUGAAUUACGUUUAUCACCAUCGUUGAAUACAAACGUUCCUACUCGUGCAUUAUUAGAAUUGGCCGUCACUGAUGGUGUCAACGAAGCAAUGGCUCGAUGCUAUUUGGCUGUUAAUCUGGUCACUGAAUCAAUGCUUUUUCAUAGUGUUACAGUUCGACUUAAUCGCGUCACCCGUCAUCAAUUCCUUUCAAAUCUUUAUAAUCGAUUUUUAGAAGGAUUGGCUACAGUUAUUCCUUGUGCAAAAGAGAAUAUCAUCAUUUUUAACAUACAGGAUGACACCGAAUCGGAAUCGAUGCCUGUAUUGAAUGUGUCAUUUUCUGCUCGUUUAUCUGAAUCGCUUCGCGAUACAGAAUCUUAUUAUUCUUCGCAAUUUCUUCAAGAACGUGUUUACAUUAGCCGUACAUUGUUGACCGAAUUGACUGGUUUAGAGGUUUUACCAUUCGAUGAUAAUCUCUGUGUUCGUGAACCAUGUCUCAACUUUGAAGAAUGUUUAUCCGUGCUCAAAUUUGGCAAUGCAUCAGAUUUUAUUGGUACCGAAGCCAUCCUCUUUCGUUCCAUAUCACCAGUGAAUACAUUUGCUUGUCGUUGUCCCACCGGAUUUCAAGGAAUGCAACACAAAUAUGAAUGUGACAUUGAAAUCAAUCUUUGCUUCUCCAAUCCAUGUCAAAAUGGUGGUCAAUGUGUACGAAAAGAAGGUGGUUAUUACUGUGAUUGUAAUGAUGGCUAUGCAGGCAAAAAUUGUGAAAUUAAUAUCUGGACUGAUAUUUGUCGAACCAAUUUAUGUCGUGGUCGAUCAAAAUGUAAUUCACCAUUAUCAAAGAAUUUAUUGGAACACGAUACAAAAUUACCACUUGACUCAUACAUAACUGGUAAUUCAUCCGCAUCAACUAUUGAUAUUCGAGCAAUAACAGCUACCCAACAGCAAGGAAUGGCUAUUUGUACGGAUUGUGUACAAUCCGAAUGGAGCACACCCUUCUGUGAGCUACGGUCACGUUCAUUUGUAACCGGAUCAUAUCUAACAUUUUCAGCGCUAAAACAACGUUAUCGAUUAAAUCUCAAACUUCGGUUUGCCACACGUCAGUCCAAUGGCUUAUUAUUGUACAAUGGUCGAUAUAAUGAACUCCAUGAUUACAUCGGAUUGGAGCUCAUCAAUGGGCGAGUUUAUUUUUCCUUCUCGUUAGGCGGUGUCAAUCGAGCUCAGGUUUCCGUAGGCAAUCGUCUGAAUGAUGGCCAAUGGCAUCACGUGCAAGUUAACUAUGUAAAUCGUACGGCUACAUUGAUAUUAGAUAACUGUGAUGAAGCUUUGCUUAGUGCCGUUGAUCGCUAUGAUUUGGGACCAGAAUUUGCUUGUGCUAAUCGUACCACUUUGAUUCUUGAAUCACGAUGUUCCGAUCGUAUGCAAACCUGUUUCAGAUUCCUUGAUCUUACCGGACCGCUUCAGAUUGGUGGACUUCCUCCAUUGCCAACAGAAUUCCAAGUGGAAAACACCGAUUUUAAUGGUUGUAUAUCGGAUCUUCGUAUCGAUCAUAAUCUUGUCGAUUUUGAUGGCUACGUAGCAAAUAAUGGAACAAUAGUUGGCUGUCCAUCUAAAAAAAGCUUUUGUAACACCAAUUCCUGCAAUGGUCGAGGUCAAUGUGAAGAUGCUUGGAAUGGCUACGUCUGUCGUUGUGAAAACGGUUAUACUGGCCAAGAUUGUUUGAUAUCGACUGAUACUGUCAGACAUUUCAAGGGCAAUGGAUUCUUGUCAUUCACUCCUAAUCUUCAGCCAUUAGCUUACCCAUGGAUAGUUAGCUUUGAUAUGCGAACUUCUGCUCGUAAUGCUAUCAUUGUUGCCAUACAAUUGGGCCAAAGCAGCAUGGUACGAUUCGAAAUCAUCGGCAGCAAAUUGUCUUACGGUGUUGAUGAUCGACCACCGAUUGUAAUUGAAGAUAUGGAAAUUAACGACGGCAAAUGGCAUCACGUGGAAGCACGAUGGAUGGCAAUCGGUAUCACAUUGAGUGUCGAUUAUGGUCAAUACACUAAACGAACACGACUAGAUGGAGCUGAAAUAUUGGGUCUUUACAUAGCUAAAGUAACAGUUGGUGGUCAUGAUACACCGGAUGAGAUCACUGAAGCUUAUACAUAUCGAUCACAAGCCCCAGCAUUCAUUGGCUGCAUUCAAUCAUUGGAUGUGGGCAAUUCGAAAGAGUCGUGGCUACGACCAACUUUGGAAGAUAAUGUAUUCAUAGGGUGUCCAUCACCUUCUUCAAACGGCAACGAUCAAUGCAAAUCCGAUCCUUGUCCAUCGAACAGCGAUUGCAUUGUCAAGGGUAUAAGUGACCAUGAAUGUCGUUGUCAUCUUGGUUUUGUUGGCAAACACUGCAUGCCCAUAUGCGAAUUGAAUCCAUGUGCAUAUGGCUCAACUUGUGUAACAGCUAACAACACCUAUGGCUAUCGUUGUCUUUGUGAUCGUUUUCAUUCGGGCUUCUAUUGCGAAGAUCGUCUCCCCGAAACUUGUCCGGCUGAUUGGUGGGGUUCACCUAUUUGUGGCCCUUGCAAUUGUGAUGCUAGCAAAGGUUACGAUGGUAAUUGUAAUAAGACGACUGGACAAUGCUCCUGCCAAGCAAAUCGUUUUCAACCGAUCGGUUCUGAUGUUUGUUUUGAAUGUGAUUGUUACACAACCGGUUCGUAUACCAAUCGAUGUGAUCGUCUAAAUGGUCAAUGUCAAUGUCGGCCAGGUGUAAUUGGACGUCGUUGCGACACAUGUCCAUCUCCAUUUGCAGAAGUCACUAAUCGUGGUUGUGAAGUCAUUUAUGAUGCCUGUCCUCGUGCUUUUUCCGAUGGAAUAUGGUGGGAACGAACACCAUUCGGAUCGAAAUCAACUCGUCGUUGUCCGUCAGGCUCGACCGGUAUGGCUCAUCGUUUUUGUCGGCAAGGAGAUGGUUGGCUGAAACCGGAUCUUUUCGAAUGCCUUUCGGAUCCUUUCCUUGAUCUACAAGAACAAUGGAAAAUUAUUUCUGAUUCUGAUUCUCAGCAAAAUGGCAGUAUAGUCCUUAUAAACACUCAGCAUUCUAUUCGACUGGUUAAUGAUCUGCGAACAGCCAUCAAUGUAACGGAUUCAUUCUAUGGUGGUGAUGUGCAUCUGGUUUUUCAUCUGGUUCGUCGUCUGAUUCAGAAUGAAUUGUAUCAAACAGGUCUAAAUUUAACACAUAAACAAGAUCGUCACUUUCUUCGUAAUUUAUGCGAAUCUACCAGUGCCAUAUUGGAUCCUCGUUACUCUACCGUUUGGGAACGUAUCGCUGACAUCGAUGUCGGUCCUGAACAACUUUUGAAGUUUUUUAAUCAAUAUGCCGAAGUACUAAUCAAUAAUCAACGCGAUACAUUCACUGAGCCAUUUGAGAUAGCCACUAAAUGGCUAAUAUUUGGCUUGGAUACUGUUGCCACCCACGAACUUUGGGAUUUAUCAAGCUUAUUUCAGCGACAAGAACAUCUGUCGAAAUCUCAUGACCAUCAUAGCCAUAAACCAUCUUCGAUCCGCGAAUCGAAUUCUACUCCCUCAAUAUAUCUGGAUUUUAGUUUACCUCCAGAUCCGCUAAUCACAUCUAGUAUUGAUCGAGAAGAUGACACUAUUCCGCUGAGUCAAUUAAAUCCAUCUGUUGUCGUACCCAAAUACAACAACUAUCCAUUACGAAAACACAAUAUUGAUGAUAUAACGAAAGCCAUCAUACCGUUAAAAAUAUUGAAUAUUCAAUCAUUUGAUGAAUUACGAUCGUCUUUGCCAUCAUCAUCAGCAUCAGCAUCGCCAGCUUCAUUGUUCAGGCCUCAACAACAACAGAAUGCAUUGGUUGGUUAUACAAUAUUCACAUCGAUGGCUCAAUUUUUACCCAGCAAUACAGAUUCGACUGUCAGGCAACGUUUUUCGAAUCCAAUUAAAGCCAAUACUCCGAUAGUCACAUUGACAAUGAAACCAGCGAAUAGUUCAGCUCAGAAAUUUUUAGCUAAAUCGUUACAUCCGAAAAUUCGAUUUCGCUUCCGUACGUUAGCACGAGAAGGUCGAUCAAGUCCUCAAUGUGUUUAUUGGGCAUUUCCAACAUCUACAUCGGUGGCCACAUCAGGUGUUUCGAAUCGUCGUUCAUCAAGUCGAGGACGUUGGUCAUCAAAAGGAUGUGAGCUGAAAGGUUUUUAUCCUCCUCAACGAUUUCGAACAUCUUAUGAUUACAUCAAUUGCUCAUGUGAUCGAGCAUUUGGAAUGGCUGUUCUUAUGGACGUUUCUGGUGAUGAGUUCUACUACGAGGAAUCCAUAUCGCAAAUAGCCACAUCGUAUACGUUGACUAUAACUUCGUUAAUUUUGCUGGCAUUGACAUUAAUCAUUCUGUCGGUGGUCCGAGGACUUGAUACGAAUUCGAAUUCCAUACACAAAAACAUUGUACUUUGUUUGUUUAUGACCGAAUUGAUGUUCUUAUUGGCCGUACGUAAUCGCACCUCAUUGGUCCAGAUGGAAUCCUCAUGCAAAUUAGUCGCCAUAUUUCUACACUAUUCAUUUCAAUGUCUUUUUACAUGGAUGCUCAUCGAAAGCAUACAUCUGUAUCGUAUGUUGACUGAAAUUCGUGACAUCAAUCGUGGCCCUAUGCGUUUCUAUUAUUUUGUUGGUUAUGGUGUUGCAGCUAUUAUUGUCGCCUUAUCAGUGGGUGUUCGCGCCGACCAAUAUGGCAAUCAUCUUUUCUGCUUCAUAUCGAUCUAUGAAGGUGUCAUAUGGGGCCUCGUUACUCCAUUAUGUUUAAUCAUAAUUGUGAAUCUGUUUGUAUUCAUGUUGGCUAUACAAGCAUCAGCCCAAUUCAAGGCAAGCGUCUGUGAUUAUGGCAAUUUACGAACACUUUUGUGGCUAUCAAUCGUUUUGGUGCCUUUGUUGGUUGCUCUAUGGAUGUUGGCCCUGUUAUCCAUUAAUGAUACAAUCGAUGAAUUACACUAUGGCUAUUCUUUUAUGACAUUGAUCUGUGCAUUGUACAUAUUCAUUGCUUAUUGCCUAGCUAAUCGACGAGUCCGGUUUAGUUUGAAUUCCGACUGGUGGCAAUCUCUAGCUACCAGCCGAACACGACCCUGCUUAAACGGAUCAGAUGAAAGUGUUUCGGCUACUAGAACUUCGGUCACAAGUCGUAAUGGACAAGGUGGCUAUUAUCAUUCGGGUUCUACAUUCGAUGUAUACGGCCUAAAUCCACCAAGCCAUGGCCAAUCGAAUGGUCAACCCAUAGAUUCAUCGCAAAUGGCCGCUGUUAUUUCGAGCUCAUCGACAACUAGCCGAUCAACAUUGACUAAAGGUUCAACUGGAAUAGUUGAACCGACCGAUGAUGGUUCGAAUGAUCUUGGCGAAACUACUGACGAUGGUUAUCGCUAUCACCGGAAUCAUGGACAUGGCCAUCAUCACCAUCACAGACGCCAUCAUCACAAAUGUCGCCGUCGCUAUCAUCAUGGUAGAUCAAAACAUUCGAGAUCUCGUUCGGAAACAAUCGAAGGAUCGAGUGAUGAUCUCUCGUACGAUUACUCCAUGGAGUUGGCAUCUAGUCAUACCUCUGAUGAUGAUGAUAAUGGAAAUCAGAAUGACGACCAUGAUGUUAUGCAAUCACACGAUGCAGAUCAAACUACCGCCGAUCUGAUGCAACACCAUCAACAGAAUCAAAUCAAUCAAUUGAUACAAGAACAACAGCAGCAUACUGCGACUGGUAGUGGUAUUUAUGUCACCAAUGCGAUGAAUAUGAUAUCCGAACCUUCGAGUGAUUUAUCCUCAAAUGCGCCUACUGUAAUCUAUGGCCAGAAUAAUCGAUCAUCGCCUGCCGCAUAUUUUGCUGUAGCAAAAGCAACGCCAGUCAUAUUGAAACAAACGGAUGAUGGACAACAAGCUCAUUUGAUGACAACAUCAAUGGUUGUUGCUGGACGCUCCAAUCUAAUGGCCAUGACUGCCGGUCUAAAUAACGGGGCUGAUCAACCAGUUUCACCGAUCUAUGGACAUCAUCAAACCUCUGGACAAACCACAGAACAUAUUUAUUCAUAUGCAAGAAAAUCCAAUCAGCCGGAACAACCGUCACAUUAUUCAACAUUGGGACCAACUACUGCUCCAAUAAAUCCUGUUAUCAAACCAAUUGACGAUGUCGGCUUACCUCCAGUAACUGGAACGACAUAUCGUUCUCAUUAUCAAUCAAUCAAAGAGAAUCCAUUACAGUCAGCAGCAUGGUCUCAUGUUAGAUUAUUACAACCAUCAUCACCUGUCUCAAAAACAUCAACGGCUGACGAAUCACCCGACAAAUCAACAUCAGUAACUAAUGUUACUUAACCACAUCUGUUAAUAAUCAUUGUUCAAUGAAUUGAUAUUUUCGCUGUAAUUUUACUUUUUUUUAUAUUGUAAUUAAGCAAAGUUCAUUGUAAAUUUUAGCCAUUCUUACCUCGUUACAUUUGUAUAGAUAAAUAGC